UACAUCUGACUAGAAGCUUUAUUCAAUACACUGGUAAAGAGAAUUAUAAAUCUAUAGUCAACUGGUUUAACAAAAAUUUUGACAGUCCUCCUAAUACACACAUACAUACCUGAGCAAGUUAUAGGGGAAAAAAAGAGCAAUUUGAGUUAUUGAUUUAUUGAAAGAAGACUAGAUCAGUAGGAAACAAUAAAAAAGAACUUAAACUGAUAAAAAGAAAAAGACAAAAUCUUCCAAGAUGGAAGGUUUGGUAGCAUAGGGCUUCCAGCUUAUCAGAAAAUGUCUGCAGAGGUCACAGCCACUCCACCAAACGAACCAAUGUCUCAGGAAACAUUUGAUUACCUUUGGAACACCCUUGAAAAUGUCACAGACAAUGGUAAUUUCACACACAUUAACUCACGGGAUCUUGAUUACUCGUACGAGGAUGCUGACGAGGGGGCAUCACUCCAAAUCGACAAAUUUAGAAUCAACAGCAACGAAGUCUCAGACCUUUUGAAUCCCAUCAUUGGACAAACAUCAUCGGCAUCUAUGUCACCAGACUCACAAACCAACAUUAUAGGUUCAACAGCAUCCAGCCCAUACCAUGAAGGGACAUUGACAAGCCCACCUCCAUAUUCACCACACACAAACAUGACAUCCCCAGUUCCAACAGUACCUUCAAACACAAAUUACCCAGGCGAUUAUGGGUUUGAAAUUUCAUUCGCUACACCAUCAAAAGAGACCAAGUCUACCACAUGGACGUAUUCCGAUAUGUUGAAGAAGUUGUACGUUAGAAUGGCCACAACCUGCCCCGUUAGGUUCAAGACCAAUCGACCACCACCACCAGGUUGCAUCAUCAGAUCCAUGCCCAUUUUCAUGAAACCAGAACAUGUACAGGAAGCUGUGAAACGGUGCCCUAACCACGCCACAUCAAAAGAGUUCAACGAAAAUCAUCCAGCACCCAAUCACCUCGUAAGAUGCGAGCAUAAACUAGCCAAGUACGUAGAAGACCCAUACACAAGUCGCCAGAGUGUCAUCAUUCCACAGGAAACCCCACAGGCCGGCUCCGAAUGGGUCACCAACUUAUUUCAGUUCAUGUGUUUGGGUUCAUGUGUGGGCGGACCUAACAGACGUCCUUUACAGAUUGUGUUCACACUUGAGAAAGACAACCAAGUCCUCGGGCGAAGAUGUGUGGAAGUCCGAAUAUGUGCGUGCCCUGGACGUGAUAGGAAGGGGGAUGAAAAAGGGCUGUUACCACCAUCUCCUCAGCCCAAGAAAAAUGGUGCUCUUCCACGUCUAACUAUUGGUACUGAAAUCACUACCGUAACCGCUGGAAAGAAGAGAAAGCUCGAAGGGGACAACGAUACCUAUACAUUGACCGUCAGAGGCUUAGAAAAUUACAAAAUGUUAUGCAAAAUAAGGGAUAGUCUGGAGAUCGCCUCCCUGUUGCCUCAAACCGAGAUGGAUCUGUACAAAAGAAAGCAGGUGGAAGUGCAGAGGCAGCAAACGGCAAGAGUUAUGGCUAUUCCUUCAUCCCAGGUUGCGUCCACGUCGGUCGUUCAACAACAACAUACAACUCUGACUACUGCCGAGACACGACAAAUGACGCAGUCAUUCGGUUCACAAGAAGCGACAACGUCGGACAUUGUAACCGACGGUCACCACAACGGUAUUCCUCAGGCUAUCAAAGAAGAGACAGUGUCACAAAAUGGGGAAAGUGAUAACACCAUUGCAACAUGGUUGAAUAUUCUCGGUCUUGGUGCGUACAUUGAUGGUUUCCAUGAGCAAAACCUCUACAAUUUACUACAGUUAGACGAUUUCUCGUUGGACGACUUGGCUAAGAUGAAAAUCGGCAGUGCUCACCGGAAUAAGAUUUGGAAAUCUUUGUUAGAUCUUCGUAACCAAGGUUAUACUGCAAUCCCUGUCGACAGCCAGGAACUACAAAAAAGUGCCUCAAGUACUUCAACCAUUAGCAUUGCAUCUCAGAACUCAAUAUCACAAAAUAGUACUUAUAACCCAGGUUAUUACGAGGUCACACGCUACACAUUCAAGCAUACAAUUUCAAUAGCCGAAGAGAAACAUCUAAAGGAGUCGUCCGCGAAAGUAGCGAAAAUGGAGGAGUCGUGAAAAAGUUUUUUACGUAUUUUUGUGUUAUCGAUGUGAGAUUUUUUUCAAUGUUCUUAUUAUGUAUAUAUUUUAUUAUAUAUUAUAAGAUAUGUUAUUCCCAAGCUCUUAUUUCUAAAAUAUGAGGACUCUGAAUUUUUCUUCGCUCUAUGCCUAGGAGAUGUUGGAACAAGAACUUGACUGGGUAGACAAACAGUGUAUAAUAUUAAUUUGUACUACAGGGGAACAAACACCCCUUGCCAUGUAGUAAACUUACUGCUUUUUAGAAGAAUUUGAAGGGAAACAAGACUUGACACUCAUUUAGAGGUGAUAGAUUUUUACU